AGACAUGUCCCUCACUUCACCUCCACAGGUCCAAAGCAAGAAAAAUAAAAUAAAAAAUAAAAAAUAACAUAAUGAAUUAUCCAACUCCACUUUCAAUGUUGUCCACCCUUCUCACACCCUGCAAGUGUUCAAAUUCACAGAAGCCAUGGUCGUAAACCUCUCUCCCUCUCCACUUUUACAUUCCAGUUCCAUUAUUAGAUUGGUCAAUUCCAAGUCACCCAUUUCAGAAUCUUGGCGCAGGCUCAAAACCCAUUUCCCAAAACCACUUCUUUCCCCUUCUUUUGCCUCCCCCAGCGUGAACUUCGCGUGCAAAAAGCAGUUUUUGCAUGGAAACAGCAGGAACAGGUUGGAUUUUAGGACUUUGUCUAUUGCUGGAUUUGACUAUGGGAACUUUGAGGGGCCUCAGUCUGUGCUUGAGGCUGCUGCAGUGUUGACAGCUAUCAUUGUUGUGCAUGAGAGUGGUCACUUUCUUGCUGCUUAUCUCCAAGGCAUCCAUGUGAGUAAGUUUGCUGUAGGGUUUGGUCCAAUUUUAGCGAAGUUUAAUGCCAAAAAUGUAGAAUAUUCCAUCAGGGCUUUUCCUCUAGGGGGCUUUGUGGGGUUCCCUGAUAAUGAUCCAGAGAGUGAUAUUCCUGUUGAUGAUGCGAACUUACUUAAGAACAGACCAAUAUUGGAUAGGGUGAUUGUUGUUUCAGCUGGUGUUGUUGCUAACAUAAUUUUUGCAUUUCUUAUUAUCUUUGCCCAAGUCCUGUCUGUUGGCUUGCCUGAGCAAGAGGUCUUUCCUGGGGUGAGUGUGCCUGAUGUUAGACCCUUUUCAGCUGCUUCCAGGGAUGGAUUGCUUGCCGGAGAUGUGAUCCUUGAGGUUAAUGGUAGUGAGUUUGCUAAACCAGGUCCUAGUGCAGUUUCUGAAGUUGUUGAGAUCAUCAAGAGGAACCCUAAGAGGUAUGUUUUGCUCAAGAUUAAAAGAGGGGGGCAGAAUUUUGAUGUAAAGGUCACCCCAGAUGAGAAUUAUGAUGGAACUGGGAAAAUUGGAGUGCAGCUGGCCCCUAACGUGAAAAUAGGUAAAGUUAAGCCAAAAAAUUUGGGGGAGGCGGUAGAGUUUACUUGGAAAGAGUUUUGGGGACUAUCAUCUAAUGUUUUAGAUGGGUUAAAACAAACAUUCUUAAACUUCUCACAGUCAGCUAGUAAGGUUUCAGGUCCUGUGGCCAUUAUUGCUGUUGGUGCUGAGGUGGCACGGUCGAAUAUCGAUGGUCUCUUCCAGUUUGCUGCAAUACUCAACAUUAACCUUGCGGUUAUAAACCUUCUUCCUUUGCCUGCUUUAGAUGGAGGCACAUUAGCACUGAUCCUCGUUGAGGCUGCCAGGGGUGGGAGAAAGUUACCAUUGGAAGUGGAGCAAACUAUUAUGUCUUCUGGAAUUAUGCUUGUUAUAAUUCUGGGGUUAUUCCUUAUUGUUCGUGAUACCCUGAACCUUGAAUUUAUCAAAGACUUGUUGUGAUUAUAGUGAAUUGUAGUUGGUAGUGAGCUUCAGAAAGUAUUUUUCGUGAUCCUCAUCUGCAAUGCUGUUGCACCAGUGUCUUAGCCAGUGCUAUAUCUGUAGAGGAGGUAAGGUAAGUUUCUUCCUCCAAGGAUGUUAUGUGAGAAGCAUCCCUUUGUUACCAAUUCAUUGAUCUGAUCCGGAUUGAAUUUGUGAUCCUGGAAUAUAAACUUACAAGUUACAAAUACUAGUUUUGAUUAAGAAUUUUAAUAUCUUCUCUCUCCUUGCAUUUUCUUUGUAAUUCAUGGAUCUUGAUAAUUUAUAGGUUACAACUUGAUAUGGAUUCCCGUUCCUCUGUAGAUUUCAUUGAUUUGACUAUGCUUCAAUGAAGCAUUAAUACAAAGCACAAUCUGUGCUUAAUUUUUUA